AUGGUUUUAAAGCUAGCUCAUCCAGUUACAAAUGACAGAGAUUUUGAGAUAUCGUUACUGAUUGGAGCAGAUUCAUAUUGGAAAAUUGUUCAAGAUAAGGUAGUCCGAGGGAAUGGUCCAACAGCGGUGCAGUCGAGACUUGGAUAUCUUUUAUCCGGUCCACUUCCGGUUUCCAACUUUCCAGCGUCAAUACAACACCAACUUCCGGUUUCUACACUUACAGCGUCCACAUCCCAACAGCCUCCAGUUCCCGCACAAGAAACGUCCACCCAUUUGUUGAACAUUCUAACGUCCUCCCCAGAUUCCUUUGAUAUUGAGAGAUUUUGGAAGCUUGAGUCUCUUGCCAAACUGCCUUGGAAAGAAGAUCACGCUAUCUUACCAACGAAUUAUGACAUCACCAAGAAACGCACUGAAAACGUAAUCAGACGUUUACGUCAAGAUCCUAGUAGUCUACAAACGUAUGGAGAAAUAAUCAAUGAUCAAGAAAAGAGAGGUUUUAUUGAGAAGGUAGACGAAGGUAUCACACCCCAACACAAGAUACAUUACAUUCCCCACCACGGCGUCAAGAAAGACUCAGUCACAACACCGAUACGCAUCGUAUAUGAUUGUAGUUGUCAUCAGUCACGUAACCAACCAAGCUUAAAUGACUGUUUGAAGUCUACGCCACCAGAGCUUAACGAUCUUACUCAAAUUCUUAUCCGUUUUCGGUUACAUAGAUAUGCUGUUACUACUGACAUAGAGAAGGCUUUUCUACAAAUACAGCUUGCAGAAGAAGACAGAGAUGUAACAAGAUUUCUUUGGUUAAGUGACACCAAAAAUCCCGACAGUACUUUGAUCACCUACAGGUUUAAAGCAGUUCUGUUUGGUGCAACAUGUUCCCCGUUCAUUCUUAAUGCAACGAUUUUAAAACAUCUAGCAAGUAACAGUGAUGUAUGGGUCAGUAGUAUUUUAAGAAGAGAUUUGUAUGUGGACAACGUUUUGUCAAGCUUUGAAGAUGAAAACCAGGCACUUGCUUACUUCCAUGAUUCACGAAAGCUUAUGUCGUCUGCAAACUUUAACUUACGCUCUUGGAAUUCAAAUAGCCAGAAACUACGAAAUUUAGCCUUAAACUACGACGUACAAGAUAGAGAUAAAAUCACAAAGAUACUUGGAAUGCGAUGGAAUACAGAGACAGAUAUGUUGACUUUCCAACAAACCUAUAUACCUGUCACAGAUACUACAACGAAACGAGAAAUCUUGCGACAGACGUCAAAAAUAUUCGAUCCUCUUGGUCUACUUAGUCCGGUUACGGUACGUGCUAAGAUUAUAUUGCAACAAAUUUGGGAAGAAAAGUUUGAUUGGGAUACUCCACUUCCAGCAAAUAUACAAAAGAGGUGGAAAAAUCUUGCUGCAGAUUUGACUACACUAUCCACCACACAAUACAGACGUUGCUUUUUCCCCGGAGCAGACGAGAAAAUUAGACAAGCAGACGACCAUUCACAUACAACCUUGCACGUGUUUGUAGAUGCUAGUCAGUCAUCAUAUGGAGCUGCCAGCUUACCUUUCCAAUGGUCAAAAUUCAUCACUAAUUAUGGCAAAGAAUCGUGUGGCACCUCUUAA